AUGAACAUUUUGCGUCGUGGAUCUAAUGUGAGAGAUGGGCCAGUUGUACAUGUUGAAUCGUCAUCUGAAUCAGAGAACGAGACAUCAAGUAACUUCCAAGAAGAGGUCAGCGAUGAGUACGAUACGGAUACUGAGGAAAUAUGGGAUGCUUUGCCAGAAUCUGUUCUUCAAGAUCUUGACUCAGAUAAUCCUCCCCUCCCAACGGAACCAGCAAUUGUUGCUAAAAGGAAGAAGCACCACUUCGUGCACUCUAUUGUUCAUAACAUGCUUUACUUCUUGUUGAUUUGGCAGAGUUUGAGCCAUCUGAGUGACAACGGUCUCACGUUGUUACUCCAGUUUUUUCUUCAGUUCCUUAAAAUACUCAACGUCCAAAUUUCAAAUGAGAUUCUUAACGAAAUAAUCACCAUAUUCCCAUGUUCUCUAUACAUGGCACGGAAAUUUCUCGCUUUAGACAGAGAUAACUUUACUAAAUAUGUCGUUUGUCCAAAAUGUACAAAGUGUUACAGCUAUAAUGAAUGUGUGAAGAAUAUCAAUGGAAAUUUAGUUGGAAAGGAAUGCACCAACACAUUCUAUUCUAGGAGAAGGCAGAGAACUUGCAAUAGCCAAUUAGUUAGAAAGGUAACUUUUAAGGACAAUUCGGUGAAGUUCUACYCCAUUCACUACUACUGCUAUAACAGCAUCAUAAACUCUCUUGAAAACCUGUUACAGAAAAAUGGAUUAGUUCAAAAAUGUGAAGAAUGGAGAUUACGCAGGCAUGGCAAUUGUAUGGCUGACAUCUAUGAUGGAAAACUGUGGAAUGAUUUUCAACAGAACAACGGACAAGAUUUCCUAAAAGCUCCUAGAAACUAUGGUUUAAUGUUGAAUUUUGAUUAUUUUCAGCCUAUGCAGCAUCGAAAAGAUUAUUCAGUUGGAGUGCUUUACUUAGUGUUGCUAAACCUUCCAAGAGCUGAGAGAUUUAAAUGGGAGAACGUUAUAGUCGUAGGCAUUGUCAUAGUAUUCCUCCUCAUAAACAUUGAUUGAAGUUGAUAUCCUGAUUAGCAUAUAGAUAGAAUUACCUCUCACGUGGUUCUCACGAAGCACAUGUAAGCUGAUUAUACAAUACUACUGAAUAAAGCAUUUUU